GUCCGGGGUCCACAGCAGUGCUCUGGCAGCGUGGGCCCCAUCCUGGUCGCUAAGGGAGAGAAGCCACUUCUCCUGGGCCCACGAGGCAGCUGUUGCAUGCUCUGCUGAGCACGGUGCCAUGCCUCUGCAAGUCCUCCUGCUUCUGAUUUUGCUGGGUCCUGGCAGCAGCCUCCAGCUGUGGGAGCUCGAGAAGGAUGGAGCCCAGGAGGCCCCAGACGCCCCGCUUGCCCGGGGCCGGAGACAAGUGGAUGAGGACCAUGAAGUGGACUCAUAUGACUAUGUCACAGAAGGCACAGAGCCUCCAGAAAUGCUUAUACAUGAACCUAGGUCUUUGGCCCUGACCCCUAACAUUCUGGCUGAGUUGGCAACACUGGGGCAUGGAACUCCUGAGCCAGCUACUCUGGAGGCGGCCACACGGGACUCUGCUGGCCUGGACACAGGAGGGGUGGCCCUAGGGAAUCUGAGCAUGGAAGUGGCCACACAGGUGAUUCCUGUCACAACGGACACACUGACCAAAGAACCAGCCACUACAUUACCUCCCAUCACAGAAGCUCAAUCCACAGAGGGGGCUCCAUCCACAGAGCUGGCCACCACUGAGGCCCCGUCCACAGAGCCAGCAUCCACAGAGGCACCGACCACGCAACCUGUGGCCACAGAGGCCCCGUCCAUGGAGUCUACUGUCAUGGAGACCCUGUCCACGGGGCCAGAAGCCACAGACGCCCUGUCCACGGAGCCCACUGCCACAGAGGCCCUGCCCAUGGAGUCUACUGUCAUAGAGACUCUGUCCACGGGGCCAGAAGCCACGGAUGCCCUGUCCACGGAGCCCACUGCCAUAGAGGCCCUGUCCACAGAUUCAGCCACCACAAAGGUCCCGUCCACAGGACCUGCCACCAUAGGGCGCCUAACCACAGUCCUUCUUGUGACCUCCGAUCCUCAAAACAGCACCACUGUGGCAGGAGGCAAUUUGCUUGAUGUCCUCACCAAACGAUGGGAAAAUCGGCAACAUCUCUCCCCACAGAGCUCUGUGGCCCCCAUCCCCACAGGGGCCCUGGACCGCAUCCCCGUGAAGCAGUGCUUGCUGGCCAUCCUCAUCCUGGCCUUGGUAGCCACGACUUUUCUCGUGUGCACAGUGGUGCUGGCCGUCCGCCUCUCCCGCAAGAAUCACAUGUACCCGGUGCGCAAUUAUUCCCCCACCGAGAUGGUCUGCAUCUCAUCCCUGCUGCCUGAGGGGGGCGAAGUGCCCACGGCCACGGCCAAUGGGGGCCUGCCCAAUGCCAAGAGCCAGGGCCUAAAGGCGGAGCCUGGGGAGGGCCGAGAUGGGGACGACCUCACCUUGCAGAGCUUCCUCCCUUAACUCCUCCGUUCGUCCAUGAGAGCAGGACCCGGGCCUCCUGGCUCCCUCCAAGGCCCACCAGGCCACAACCAAGCACCCAGGCUCUGUUCCAGGUCUGGGUUUCCUUGGGGCCCCCUGGGGAUGGGGACCUUUAGAACAGGGCCCCUGGUUGGCCCACAGGACCGAAAGCGGCUGAAUUCUUGCAGCCAAAGCAGGAUUGGUGAGCCAGACGCCUUGUCCUCCCCCUCCAGAGGAGGCCGGAGAGAUCCCUCCACCUCCCGGUCUCCCACCUGUCUGGGCUCCCUCUAAUGCCUCCCACUGCUGAGGUCUCAUCCCCAUGCACCCAGGGAAGACCCAGAGUCUUCUGGUUGCUGUCACUGUACAGGAAGGGGGCAUUUGGGGGAGGAGGGCUGGGUUCCUGAGGCCAUUCCUGGUUACCCCCCACGUGGGGGCAGCUUGGGUUUUCUUGGGUGUUUCCCCAGGGAGCCCAGGGUGAGAUCCUGGCCUAUGAGGUCUGGGGUAUACUUGGAGAGCCCAGGGCUAUACCCUUCUUUGGGGCUGUGCGGACCAACGAGCUUCUUCCUAGGGACAGAGUAACCCCUAUCCUGCCCUCUCUCGUCUGCGCCUAUGCCUACAUUUUAGGGAGGGCUCUGUCUUGUUCACUGAAUAUCCCACCCCCCAGCCCAGGGCCUGGUACAGCACAGGCCUUCAAUAAAUAUUUGAUA